UGCACAGAGUUUGCAGUUUGACCUUUGAUCAAAACUGUUAGACCUGAAAUGGAGUCGUUUUCACGCAGAAUUCAUCUUUUUCUAUUCAUCUCUACACAGCUGUGUAUCCAAGCCUGCUUUGGUGUUCCAGCAGCACCAGUGUUUCUUAACAGGUCGGAAGCUAACCAGAUGCUACAGCUUCGCUAUCGGCGCGCCAACUCGUUCCUGGAGGAGCUGAAACGAGGAAACGUGGAGAGGGAGUGUACAGAGGAGAAAUGCUCAUAUGAAGAGGCCAGGGAGAUCUUUUCCAUGCCUGAACAAUUGGAUGAGUUCUGGAAGAAGUACACAGAAGUGGACCAGUGCCAAACUGGACCGUGUGCUAACGGGGCUACUUGUGUCAGUCAGGGAAGCACUUAUAUCUGUAUAUGUGCACCAAAAUACCAGGGACGGAAUUGUGACAAAGAAACACUUCCACAGACUUUUUAUGGCUGUCUCUAUAAAAACGGGGGAUGUGAGCACUUCUGCACAGAGGAGCCAGAUUCAGUACGUCAGUGUCACUGUGCCACUGGAUACAGCCUGGCGGCUAACAACAAAAGCUGUGUAUCACAAGAUUUAUUUCGUUCCUCAGUGCCUUUUCCUUGUGGUAAACCAGUGACAACGUCUCCAGGCCCGAGGAUUGUUAAAGGACAAGUGUGCCCUAAAGGACAGUGUCCUUGGCAGGCACUACUAAAACUUAGGGGAGUGGUAAAAUGUGGAGGAGUUAUUUUAAAUUAUGCGUGGAUUCUCACAGCGGCUCAUUGUGUCUGGCAAGCAAACCUAUUAGAACUACAAGUGACCGUCGGUGAACACAUCCUGACAGUCUCUGAGGGCACUGAACAACAUAGAAGGGUGUCCAAGAUAAUAAUUCAUCCCCUCUACAACAGCACAUCUUAUGACGUCGAUAUAGCGCUUCUCCAUUUGCGUAGAAACAUAUCACUUGGCCCCUUCGUGAUACCCAUUUGCCUUCCUCCAGCACAAGGCACGUUUGUUCGCACGCUAGGAGCAGUGCGCACCUCCGUCGUGAGUGGAUGGGGACGGCUUUCUCAGCAUGGAGCGCAGUCCAACCUGCUUCAGAGGCUUGAAGUGCCACGGGUGUCGCUCGAGAAGUGCAAAGCCCACUCAGGUCUGAGCCUGACCAAUAACAUGCUCUGUGCUGGCUUUAAAGAGGGAGGACGAGACGCCUGUCGAGGGGACAGCGGUGGACCGCUGGUCACCUGCUACAACAACACGUGGUUUUUGACCGGGAUAGUAAGCUGGGGAAAAGGCUGUGCUCGUGCAGACAUGUAUGGUAUCUAUACCCGGGUAUCAGUAUUCGUAGAGUGGAUUACGAGCACAAUGGCUGCAAAAUAAUUUGAAGAAUAUCAAAAAGCUUAAAUCCUACAUUGUAAAACAUAAUAUCAGAUGAUUUGGUGUUGUAUAGAUAAAUACUGAUGCUGAAACAUUAUAUUUCACUAUGUAAAUGACCAACAAUUAAUUAUUGUGUCAAACAGUUUGAACAAUCACUAAUAAAAAUGGAUGUUCCUGUUAGAUACAAGAGA